AUGGCGAAACCUCUCCGUGUGCCCGCGUCAGCGCUUGUGACGAACCAGCCUUUCACGACCCGGUCUUUAACGCGGAAGGCUUCCAUUGCGGAGUCGGUCCUAUGCCCUGGGCUCCGGGGCCCAGAGCUUGCUGCGCUCUAUGGAUCUGACCUACAGGGCGUCAUGCAACGUUCGGACGUCGAGUGUGCCACUGCACACGACCGGGACAUCGUGGAUUGGCUUCCUGAGCUUGAAGAGGACAAACUUGAAGGUUUCCUCGACACUGCGCCACCCGCCUACUAUGGCGAGUCGGACUGUAUCCGCUCUACCUUGUGCGCUGUCGUCGUGCAGCCGGGCGGAGGACCUUGUGCUGCAUGCCGGGAACUGGGCGUGGACAAGAAACACAAACAGUCUGACUCCGACGGAGGAGAGCGUGGACGCCUGCUGAAGCGGCCGCGUGAUGUCAGCAUACUGCUGGCCUUGCGCGUGUUCACACGGCGGUUCAAUGCUUGCAUCGCCCGUCAACCCCGUGACCGUAUCCGUGGCAGGUUUUGGGGUGUCGACAUGCGUGAGGCUGUCAUGUUGCUGAACGAGGGUGACGAGGAUCACCUUUCAGACGGCGACUAUGUGGCCGUGCUGGAGGAGGUGGAGGGCCGCACAGUAGUGCGUGUGGCCCUGGUGGAGGGGCUGCUCUGCCCCCAGGGGCGUGGCAGGGGUGCAGCCCGUUCUCGCCUGUCUACCACCAGGCGGCUUGACAUCGGUAACCCAGAUGGCAGGUUGCUGCUCCGCCUUCUACACCCUUCGCAAACCGCAUGA